GACUUUGAGUAGUUUCUGACAGGUUCGCUUUACUUGACAAGAAAAACAAUCAUGGCAUGGGAAGGCCUGUAAAGAAAAGAGCUCACCAAAAUCAACGAAUCAAACUAAUUAAACAAACAAAAUUUCCUCGACAUAUUUUAUAUGAGAUACGUUCUACUAAGCAUAUUUCUAUACUGAAUAAAUCGUAAUACGUAAACUAUAAUUGAAGUUUUAGACAGAUGUUUGUCCAAUGUUGGUAAGAGCUUUUUUGUUUGUAGCAGAGAAUCGCAUUUUUGAUGGCAGCAGCUACAUAUAACAGAGGAGGGGAAGCAUUGGAGGUAGUUGAAUGGGACAUGCCUUUCAGUGAUACACAGGGAUAUACAAGAGAUACUAUUGACUUUAGUAGAUUAAGUAUGGGUACAGAAAUUCGGAACAGAAUGUGGGAAGACGAUAAUAAAAUCAUGCUGAGUAACUAUCAAAAUCGAAGCUCUUCAUCCUCACCAUUGUUUGAUCAAAAUCAAAAUGUACCGAACAGCAUGCCAAGCCCUGUCAGUAGUCAAUCCUUAAAACUGAUGAUGGGCUCGAAUGGAUUUUCCCCAACAAUUAAUGAAGCAAUCAUUUCCAGUAAAUAUAACAGUGUUUUAUCAAAUCCAACACAGAUAAACCCAACUAUGUUUUCAAGUAAUGCAUCUAUACAAGAAAAAGUGCGAAUGAGAAGCCAGCCAUUACUGCAGUCUCCAGUUUCCAUGCCUGAUGAAAGAAAAACCCCAGAGCUGCUUUCUCAGCAGCAUAAUGGCAUUUUGUUUGAUGACAGGAGGGUGAAUGAAAGUCAAACAAUAAAGGAGGAGUUGCUUGAAAUGAAAUCUAUCUUUACAAAAUUAGUGGCUCAGUCAGACGAUAUUGUUGGACUUCCUGAGCCUGUGCAACUUGCCCUCAAAGUAAUCAGAUUGGAAGGUGAACUGCAAGACCAAGACUCAAAAGUGAAAAGUUUGGAGGAUACUAUUGCUGACUUGAAAAAUGAGAUGCAUAAGACAAAGGAAGAGAAUGAAUUCGAAUUAGUGAAGCAAACAAGAGAGGUUAAAUUUCUUACUGAAAAAUUGGACUAUAAGACCAACUUGGAUGCGAAAAUGAAAGAGAUGAAACAAAAGGAUGAAGAAACUGAAAUUGAAGAACUUAAAGAGCAGAUAACAAACCUGGCAGAUGUAAAAGAAGAUAAGGUUAAAGAGCUUGAAGAUUACAAAAACGAGAGUGAGCAUAAAAUCAAGAUGCUUCAGUUCGAUGUUUCAAACAAUGAGAAAGAGCUGGACCAUUUGAAAAAGUUGCUGAACGAGCAAGAAACAAAUAGGCAAAAUAAGAGAGCUGAAAUUGAAAAGUACAUAACUGCAGCUAGGGAAGCGAUGGAAAGAGAGCGACAAGAUAGAUACCUUUUGUUGGUUGAGCAGAAUAAGUUGAAACAUAAAGUUGAGAAAUUAUCAGAAACGUGCAAGUCAUACCAGACAAAAAAUGAAGAGUUGUGUCGCAUUCAGAAUGAACUAGAGCAAGAGUGUGAUCAGUUUCGAAAGUUGAAAAAAAUGAUACAAGAACAUGGUUUACCCAAUCAUGAACAACUUAUCAUGCUUCAACAACAAACUGAGAUGUUUAAAGAUGAUGUUCUUAGUGAACGCAAAGACAGGGAACGAGCUCAAGCACAACGCGAAAAACUCCGCAGGGAUUUGGAAAUUCUUCAAAGUCGAAAUCAAUCGCUUCAGGAGCAGGUGUAUAAAUAUCAGGAGCAUAUCAUGAGAUUAAACACAGGAGACCGAAGAUACCAAAGUCAUCAAGAAUUUAUCAUGCAACAACAGGCAAGUGGCAAGUUUGCAAGACAAUUAUCGAGCCCUGCAUACUACAACCCGAAAUUAAGAGGGAGCUCAAACAUGACUAAUCCGAUGAAGAAUCCUGUCAUGAACGGAGCUUCUUUAAAUCAGGUUGGUAUGACAAGACAAGCUCCACCUCUUGGUGAUCUCAACCUAAACCAAAAUCGAAGUUUGAAUGGUUUUCCUGCUAAUUUUCCAAAUAGCAGAGGAGCGGCUGUGCGCAGUCCUCUUGGAUUUAACAACGGUGGUCAAUUUGAUCCAUGGCCCCAACGUAAUGGUAUACCACAGCAGCUGUCGCAACCUCCAGCUCUAUCACAAAGAAACACGUUGAGCGGGAACUUGAAUAACAACCGCGCACCACGGUCUCCUUUAUUAGGACCAAAUGGAGAUCCAUGGAUGCUUCCACCCAGCCCAAACAAUGUACCACAACAACCUCAACUCGGCCAGCCUGGUCUCAACUACAAUAACACCAUUUGGUCACAACAAGCACCUGCCUCUCCUACUACCUUCAGCAACAGUAACAAUGCUGCUCGUCAAACUGGACAAGCGAGUCCCACAAGUUGGCAGUUUUCUGACUCUCCACCGGGAUUCAGCCCGCACUCUAAUGAUUCGAUGAAAGUUUUACCAGGUGGCGACGCAUGGUCUACUGCUGGUGACGAUCAGCACACAGCGACUGAGGGCCAGUCAUCGCCUUCUGUGACUACCGACUACAACCUUGCUGAGAAAGGAGAAAGCAACGACAACAUUGUCGGUUUUCAGUGUGGCAAGUGUAACCUGAAGUUCCAGGAUACAGAAUCGUUUCGUGAGCACGCAGAAAAAUGUUUUAACUAGGACGGUAGGUGGCUUUUGAGAACGCAAUUCCAGUUUGGCUGCUUUUUUUCUUGUGAUUGCCACACGCGUUAUAUUUUUGCGCAUAGCGUAUAUUUUGUUGUUGUCUUGAAACCAGUGAAAGUUGAAAUGAACGAGACAUUCAAGAUGGUAGCUUAAUUAUUUGCUUUGUUUUCACUGAAGUAGACCUCCCGCACUGUUUUCAUUGUUGUGGCUGUUUUGCCAUGUGUCGAUUUCAAGUUGAAAUGAUAUUUUUUUUGAGUUAAGAAUAGUUCACCUGGUUUCUGUAUGGUCUUGCUAAUGUACAAAAAAGAUGUUCAAAGCUAGACCACACAGAAACCAGCCAUAGAUUGGUAUAUAUUUAAUGGUAUAUUUUUAAUCUAGCAUGCUUUAUUUUUUUAACAAGCAGUUUAUAAUAAAUAAAUAAAUAAAUAAAAAAAGAAUGUGUAAUAUAUAAAAUUUAGUUUUUGUCUCAUGAUUAGUUGAGAUCAAUUUCUUCAAUACAGUGAAAAAUGAUAUUUUUUGCGUGCACAUACCGUCCUGCACUUAGCUUGCACGAUUAAUUCAACUGCCAGGUUAAUAUAGAAACAAUUCUUACAGUUGAUUUUUUUAAUCCUUUUUAUGUUAUUCGUAUUUUAAUCUCCAAAUUAUAAUUUUGUGAACCUUUCGUUUGUAUUCCUUUUUUUCUGGUUGAGAUAAAAAUAAUUUUUCGGCAAACGUUUAUUUAAAUUUAUUUAUAUUUUUAUGAAGGGAAUUUAUGCGUACAAGAGAAUUAUAGUUUUUUUCUGUUAGAGAGAAUAAUUGUUUAAUUUUUGACUAUCUAGAAUUAUUUAGUUUAUUUACAUUGUAUAUAAAAGAAAAAUAAUUUUGUUACUAGGCUACAUAAUAAAAUAAGACCGUGUGACCGUGAAAAUAUGGCCUAGGAACAAAGUGGCGUGUAAUUCUUAUCGCUAAACCUUUUUUAUAUUUUUUUUAAAGUAAAGCUGGGUUACUGAGGCAAGGCUUAUUUUAGCCUCGAGGCUAAUUUCCAAAUAACAAAAGAAACUCCUUUUUUUAUCUGUUGCGGAAGAAUUCUUUAUGUAAAUCACUGUAGUCUCGAUUAUAAAAAAUGCACGUGCCCGCGUGGAGUUUAUUAGUCAUAAUCUCGAUGUACCCAAGUACCAUAUACUUUCUCCCGUAGAAUUUAAUGUCAGUAUCGACCAUACAAAUUUACCCACUGUAGAAUCAUUAGGAAUUUUACAUUUAAUAAAGACAAAGUAACGUUUCAUUAUGCUGGCAUGCUGGUAUGUUACUCGUCUGCUCAAAAUGUUUUUGUUUCCCUACGUUCGAAUUUGUUCUUUGUUGUUUUAAGAAAAUUUUUUCUCAUAAAAGUUAUAUUUAAAGUAAAUCAUAUAUAUGGUGUGUAAACAUUGUUCUUUUGUAUAAGCAAAGUUUUAUUUACGCCCUGUGGUGGCAAAAUUAUAAUCAUUAGAGUUAUUUACGUAUUUUUGAAGAACUGGUGUGUACACGCGAAAGUCGAAAUUUCCUACACCUCAAAUGAUAUCUUUCCAACUUGCUGAAAUCAUAAGAAACUCGCGGGCACAAGACAUUUUUCUUUUUCUUUUUUGAGCCUACCCUGGAUUGCUAUUUGAUCGAGAUUUACCACCUAGAGAAUAAUGAUGUAAUUGGCUAUUUUGUUGGUCUGCCGCAGAGAAUUUCUUAUUUGUUCAAUCGUUUUUUAAUGUCUUUUGCUGUGUAAACCAGUUUCUCCAAAAGAAACACUGACUUUGUUUUUGGGUAAAAUUGGUAUCUUAUUUAUGAUCAUGUUUCGUAUAUUUUUUCAAUUUUAAUAUAGACGAUAUAAAACCACUCAUUGUGUGUAACAUGCGAUGUACGUCUAAUUAUGUGUAUCAUGCGAUGGAUGCGUCUAAUUAUGUGUAUAACGCGAUUGAUGCGUCCAAUUAUAGUGUGUAUCACGCGAUGGAUGCGAGGUCACUUCAUUUUCUGUUAUCAGUUAAGGUAUAAAUUUUGAUUGGUUUCCCUCCAAAAAAUCUGAAGAUAUUGCUGCAUUACGUAUGGAUAAUUUGUUUUUCUAUCCGUUUGUUUUUUUGGCGCAGAAAUUAUUUGCAUAGUUUAAAAGUAAUAUAUAUAGUUAAAAUAUCUUUAGCCAAUUAUUUAGCGUAGUUUUUAUAUGUAAAACAAAAAUUUUCAUAAGCGUAAUGUUCCUUUAAUGUUUAUAUCCCAUCGACACGUUCUCAUAAAGGCGACAUGAAACGUUUUUUGUUUUUUUUUUAAAUUCCUUCUUUGCUUUGUUUUCUUCCGCUAAACAUUGUGACAUAAUUCUAAGUGUCAUUCCCAAGUCGUAAGACGAACUGUUCUUGGUUUUUUACAAAAGUAUUGCUCUUUUUUGCUUUGCCUUAAUCUAUUCUGUAAAUUAUCAUUUCAAUCUUGCUCCGUGAAGAAAUCGUAGUGUUCAAGUUAGCAACUAAACCUUACAAAAAUCAUGUCAAUUUAUAUUAUUUUUUUAAAGAACUAUUCAGGACUGUACACUAGCAUUAUGCCUUAAUUAUGAUGAUUAUUCUAUUUCUAGUUCUGUAAAAUGACGUAGUUUAUGCUCUGUAUAUCUUAAAAAGCGUGAAUAAAAAUAAAAGUUUGUAA